UCCUCUGUAUUAGCUCUGUGUUGCAAACCUGUGGCCCUGGAUGGUGCCAAACGGGGCGUUGGGGCAUGAUCUGGGGACAGCCCGUGAGUGGUGGGGGUUGUUUAUCCCCCAAGUCCGGAAGCGCAGUGCUGGGAAGGAGAGGGAGGGGAGAAUCAGGCAGUUCCCAGCAUGGGAGUGGGAGGAAUGCUCCUGGCUGUACCCCGAGACAUCCCCAGACGUGUGGUCCCAGCUGUCCUCAACCUCCAGCAUCACCCCUUCCCUGCCUCCCCAGCUCCCCAGUGGCUCUGCAGUGACUGGGGAAGGUCAGGGACCCGCAGGUGACCUGGGACAGGAGGGACUGAACAGCAACAGAAGGUGCAGAUCCCCAGGGAGCAGCUGGAGCAGAGACUCAGCCACUGCCUGUCCCAGCUCGGGGCUGCCAGAGCCUGGGGGACACAUCCAGCACCUGUCCUGACUGUGCCAGCACCCUGUGAGGAGCCAGUGGCACCACCAUGUCCCAGGCAGGAGGAGCUGAGGAGGCCUUUGAACACCGUGAUGUGGUCAUCAACAGCCAGGACAAGGUUUCAGAUCUGUACACACAGCUGGAGAAGCUGGGGGAGGGGAAAUUCGGGACAGUCUACAGGCUGCAGGAAAAGGCCACCAGCAAAAUCCGGGCCGGGAAAUAUUUCCGGACGCGCACAGCGAAGGAGAAGCAGGCGGCGCGGGCCGAGGUGGAGCUGAUGAACCUCCUGCACCACCCCCGCCUCGUGCAGUGCCUCGACGCCUUCCAGGGCCCCAGCGAGCUGGUGAUGGUGAUGGAGUACGUGGCAGGCGGGGAGCUCUUUGAGCGCAUCGUGGACGACGACUUCGAGCACACAGAGCCCAGCAGUGCCCAGUACGUGCAGCAGAUCCUGGAGGGGCUGCAGUUCAUGCACGGCCAGGCCGUCGUCCACCUCGACCUCAAACCCGAGAACAUCGUCUGCGUCAGCCCCGGCAGCCACUGGAUCAAGAUCAUCGACUUUGGCCUGGCACGGAAGCUGGCUCCAGACAUCCCUGUGAAGGUGUUGCACGGCACCCCUGAAUUCAUGGCUCCAGAAGUGGUCGCCUUUGAGCCCGUCAGCUUCUCCACAGACAUGUGGAGUGUGGGUGUCAUCUGCUACAUCCUGCUGAGCGGGGAGUCGCCCUUCCAGGGGGACACUGACAUGGAGACGCUGAGCAAUGUCACAGCCGCCCGGUGGGGCUUUGAGGAGGAGACCUUCUCGGAGAUCUCCCAGCAAGCCAAGGACUUCAUCAGCCAGCUGCUGCAGAAGGACCCCCGCCGGCGGCCCCCCAGCGCAGGGGCUCUGCUGCACCCCUGGCUGCAGCAGCCGCAGCCCGGCAGCCCCAGGGCGCUGCCCAAGGACAGGAUCCGGCAGUUCCUGGCUCGGCGCAAGUGGCAGAAAACAGGGAAAGCCCUGCUGGCCCUCAAGAGGCUGACCCUGCUGUCCCAGAGCCUGGAGGGGAAGGCAGCCGAGGCUCAGGAGGAGGAAGGCCGGGAGAAGGAACAGCCCCAGCAAGGUCCUGAGCCCUUGGAGCUGCUGACAGACCAGGAGGAGGAGGAGGAGGAUGGUGGGAGCACUGCAGCCUCAGGGCAGUGACAGCCCCAUCCUGGACCACCUGGAGAUGGGGAUGGUGCCUCCAGCAGCUCCCACAGUGACCUCCCAGCCUGGGGCAGACCCAGACCCCCCUGUGGGUGAGCUCUGGGGUCCCAUGGUGUCCCUCUGCUGCUGUCCCUGCAAGGAAUGCAGGCACCUGCCCCCAAUAAAGCACUGACAA